UUUUCCCCGAGCAAAGUGCCAAUAAUGGCAUCGGCAUCACCAGGCACCCAAAGUCCGCGGAAUCACAUCCGAGUCCUAAUCCUCCCAAAUCCUCCAUCGCCAUGGCUCUCUCCUCCCUCUUCCUUUCCCUCCCCCUCCCGAAGCUCCCCUCCAACGGCUCCAAAUCCUACCGCUUGCUCCCCGUCCAAGCCUCCUCCGCGCCCUCUGCGUCUUCUUCCUUCGACCUGCGCCGCUACUGGACCUCCCUGAUCGCCGAGGUGGAGUCCGAGCUCGACGCCGCGAUGCCCAUGCGCCCGCCAGAGAGCAUCCACUCCGCCAUGCGCCACGCCGUCCUCCCGGGCGCCGGCAAGGAGGGCGCCGCCAAGCGUGCGCCCCCGGUGCUCUGCGUCGCCGCCUGCGAGCUCCUCGGCGCGCCGCGCGCGGCCGCGCUCCCGGCUGCCGCCGCUCUUGAGAUGCUCCACGCGGCAUCGCUCGUGCACGACGACCUGCCCUGCUUCGACGCCGCGCCCACGCGACGGGGACGCCCGUCCACGCACGCCGCCUACGGCACCGAUAUGGCCGUCCUCGCCGGCGACGCGCUCUUCCCCCUCGCCUACACCCACGUAAUCUCCUACACCCCGUCCCCCAACCCGGUCCCCCACGCCGUCCUCCUCCGCGUCCUCGCGGAGCUCGCGCGCGCCGUCGGAUCCACCGGCAUGGCCGCCGGCCAGUUCCUCGAUCUGACCGCCGCCGCCGCCCUCGGCGAGGCCGAGGUCAUGCAGGUCCUGACCAAGAAGUUCGGCGAGAUGGCCGAGUGCUCCGCCGCCUGCGGCGCCAUGCUCGGCGGGGCCGGGGCCAACGAGGAGGCCGCUCUCCGGCGCUACGGCCGCACCAUCGGCGUCCUCUACGAGCUCGCCGACGACGUCCGGAACGCUUCCGGGAACGGCAAGAUGAGGAGCAACGCCAGCGUACUGCGCGCGCUGGGCAUGGACCGCGCGCUUGGCAUCGUGGAGGAGCUCAAGGGGCAGGCCAAGAUGGAGGCCGACAGGUUCGCGGACAAGUACGGCGAUCGGGUGCUCCCCUUGUACAGCUUCGUGGACUACGCGGUGGACAGAGGGUUUGAGCUCCAGGAUGCAGCGGCAACGCCGUAACUGAAGACUGGAUGAUCUCGGUAGUCACUGAACAUUGGAGCUAGUGACAUGUAUAUGGUUCUGAAAUUCGGUGAGAGCUUCAUUCGUCAAAAUUCUAAUCCCCGCUAUAGAUGUUUAGAACCUCGAUUUCGUAAUUUGGCGAGAGAUUCGUAUGUAGAACUGUCACCCCUGCUAUAGAUGUUUAGAACGUCAAACUUGUGGUUGAUGUUUCGAUAGAAGUUUUGGAGUAAGUUGAUACAGUAAUAUAGGAUGGGAUAAUAAAUGCAAGACCUUCGAUAAAUACUGAGCCACACUUCCAAGGUCA